CCGACCUUCCUCCUACUUCUCGUGUGUUGUACCCGAGUCUGUCUCAGUCCUGAAGACCUGCAGGAGCUCCACACGUCAUGGCUUUCUUCACCCACCAGGUCUGCAGAGGCUUCUCGUCCUCGGCUGUGAGGAAUGUCGUCAUUAAGCACGUCACGGUGAUCGGAGGAGGACAGAUGGGCGCAGGAAUAGCUCAGGUUGCUGCGUCAACUGGCCACUCUGUGACGCUGGUGGACAUGAAUGAUGACAUCCUUAAAAAGACUGUCAAAGGAAUCGAAGGGAGCCUCAAAAGAGUGGUCAAGAAGAAGUACGCUGAUAAACCAGAGGCAGGGGAAGAGUUCAUCCAGAAAGUCCUGAAGAACGUUUCGACCUCCACAGACGCCGUUUCUGUCGUCCAGGGCUCAGAUCUGGUGAUUGAGGCCAUCGUGGAAAAUCUGAAAAUCAAACAGGAUCUCUUCAGUCAGCUUGAUAAGUCGGCACCAGCACACACCAUCUUCACCAGCAACACAUCGUCCCUGCCCAUCUCUGACAUCGCCAGCUCCACCAACAGGCUGGACAGAUUCGGUGGCCUUCACUUCUUCAACCCAGUCCCAAUGAUGAAGCUUGUAGAGGUCAUUGGAACCUCAGCAACAAGCCAAGAGACUUUCGAUUCCCUCCUGAACUUCAGCAAAACCCUCGGGAAGACACCUGUAUCCUGCAAGGAUACACCGGGAUUCAUUGUCAACCGCCUCUUAGUUCCUUACUUAUUGGAGUCCAUCCGGUUGCAUGAGAGAGGUCAUGGAUCCAAAGAGGACAUUGAUAUUGCCAUGAAACUUGGUGCAGGUUAUCCCAUGGGACCCUUUGAGCUGGCAGACUAUGUUGGAUUAGACACCACAAAGUUCAUUAUUGACGGUUGGAGUGAAAUGGAGCCCAACAACCCUCUGUUUGCCCCAAGUCCGAUGCUAAACAAGUUGGUCGAGGAGGGCAAAUUGGGCAAAAAGUCAGGAGAAGGAUUCUACAAGUACAAGUGAUUCAGUUUUACAGUGUGGAGAUAGACUUCGCUGUGAAACUAGAUGUGCAUAUAAAAGCCAUCAACAAGGACUGGUAGGUUAUAGAACAAGUGCCUUCUCCAUUAAAGGUCGACUUUUGUCUGUCUGUCCAUUCUUAGAUGAACUUGCGCUGGAUGAACUGAACUGUGUGAUCAUGUAUGAAGAUAUCCAAUUAAAUAAUUUUCUCAAACUUUG